AUGAAAAGGUGGAAUGCUGGAAUGCACACGAGAUACGAUCCAAAGCUUCGCCUGGUCUGUGCCUUGGAGCUGCACCUCUUGCAGACUGAACGUGAUCAUGACCAGGAAUUUCUUGAGCAGAGUUUAGACAAGGCCUCAGAGGUCGAGCCCUGUGUGAUCAUGGGGGAGUUGGGACUUACCGCGUUUGUUUGCGAUGUGUUCGUGCAGAUGUUUGUGGUCUGGAACGAGGAGGCUAGUAACUGCCGAGAGAGCGUCUCGAGGAAGUACGACAUGGUCUCCACAGACCAGCGGCGAUGGAAGAAGUCGAAGCAUGAGCAGGAGCUGUUGCAGAUGGGGUUCAAGCUCAUGGAGGAAAGGGAGAGGAAGAAGCAGGACGAUGAGAAGAGGAUGUACGUCAGCGAUGGGGACGCGAGCACUUUCAGCGGGGUGCGGGUUGUGCUCGCAGAGGAAUUUGAUGACUGGGAAGGAUUCAAACGGUUCCGAGGGAAGGUCGGGGUACUUGUAAGGAGGCACAUUGCGGGGAUGUGGACGGCAAAGUUUGAGGGGGAGGACGAGUAUCCCUUCCUCUGUGGUCCUGUUCUCUUCCAGCUGAAACGAGUGCCACCGGAGACCGAUGCUGCAAGUGUACAGGCAGCAGAAGGGACGGAGCAGGACGAGCAGGCAGAUGAGAGACUGAGAAGGCUGCUAGAGGAGGUGAAGUACAAGCAAGUCAUGGUGGAUGCCCUCGAGGAAGACAUGCGGACCUGCAGGAGAGAACUUGAGCAAGCGAUGCGGGAGACGGAGGAGAAUGACAGGUGGUGGAACGACUUCCGUGUGCCGCUAGAGGCGAAGGUCGCGCGGGUGGAGCAGGAGAUGCAGGAGGCGCAGGGGAAGAUACAAAAGCUGCAGACGCAGCUUGAGGGGAAGCGCAUGCAGCUGGAGCAGGCGGAAGGUGACCUGGAGAAGUCGAGGAAGGAAGCAGAGGACUUGCACAAGAUCAUUCAAAGGACUGCGCUGAGGCUGACGCAGACGCCGGAGGAGGCGGAGGUGACACGGAGGGAGGCUGAGAGGAAGGGAACGGCGAUCCUUGAGGGGAUGGUGUUCGACUACGUGGCAGGAGGGAGGUUCGAGCUUUGGGCAGAGCAUGCGCACAACGCGAAGCGACUGAGAAAGAUCUGCAAGAGAGUGGCGGAGAGGUGGAUGGGGAGGGGGACCGCGUUGCUGCUGGGGUUGUGGAGGGACUGCGCAAAAGAGAGGAGGAAGCUGCGGAGGAUGCAGGAGAACUUUGCGCGGGAGUGGAGGAUGAUGUACGUGGAGGAAGCGUUCCAAUCCUGGAGGUCAAGCCUGGAGGCUAGGAAGUCGGAGGAGUACGCGAAGAAGGCGAGGGAGCAUUUCAAGAGCAUCCAGGAGGCCCAGGAGAACAUUCGGCUGGAGUUCAGCUCGAGACUGCUGGAGAGCGAGAGGGCGUGCAGGAAGAUGGAGGGGCAGCUGGCCGCGAACAGGAGCGAGAUCGACUCGCUGGUGGCGAUGAAGCGCGUGCAGAUGAAGUUCAUUGAGAGUCUCAAGGAGGAGAAGAGAAGCGUCGAGCAGAAGCUGGAGGCGAUGGAGGGCAAGGUAGAGACGCUUUCAGCCUCCGAUACCAAGUGGAAGGGGAUGCACGAGAAGCUGUGGGGGAGGUUCAUGCUGAUGCAGAAGGAGCUGAAACGGCUGCAGCCGCUGGAAGAGGAGUUGAAGGCAGCCAAGCACGACAUCGAGAUCUUCUGCAGGGACAUCGUGAGAAUGAAAGGCGACCUGGUGCAGAUGGGGAGAAAGCAGGAGAAGAUGGAGGAGCAGCUUGUUGACAUGACCAGAACGCUUGCUGCGAGCAGGAGGAUGGGGGAGCUGAGGAAGAGGCUCCUUGAGAAGAGGGAGAUAGAGAGUCGAAAGAUGCACCCUGAACUCCUGACGAUGCUGGUGAGGUGGUCAGGGUGGUCGUUCAAGAGGAGGUUUGUCGGGCAGGUGAAGGAGUUUGCGAGGAGGAAGAAGCUGAGAAAGGAUGUGCUGGUCUGCUUCAGGGCGAUAGAAGCGAACGCGGAGGAUCGGAUGAAGAGGAGGGUCGUGAUGAAGGCAGUGGAGACGUUCCAACAGAGGAAGGAGAGACGGUUCCUGCGGCAGAUGCUGCGGACGUUCCUCGUCACUUGCCGCGAUCGAGAUUGUCGUGCUCGGUGGACGAGCAGAGUGCAAGGGAACCUGGAGGAGAGGAAGAGGUCAGGGAGGAGGGCGAGGUACAUGUAUGAAUGGAUGGAGGUGGUGAGGGAAACGAAGGAGGGGAAACAUCAAGAGGAGGUCUCGACGGUACAUCGCAGGAGAAGGGAGCGAGCGAAGCUGUUCCUCCUCUUCUUCCGAUGGAGCCAUGUGACGUCUCGGAGUCUGAUGGCAGGAAGCGAGGAGCGAGUGAAGGAAGUCAGCGCGAGGCUGGAGGAGCAGGACCUCACGGUGACGACCCUCACAGCCAAGCUGCUCGCCAGCGAGCGGAGCGCGAGGAGGAUGGAGGAGGAGCAGGCGAAAGAGGAGCAUGCAUGGCAGGAGAUGCGAUCGAGGUGCCAAGAGGCAGAGAACGACAACUCAGUGAUGAGGGAGAAGCUGGCUGCGAGCAGGAGGUUGGUCCAGGAGCUGCAGGUGGAGAUGGCGAGGAGGGAGAGGGAGAUUGGCGAGCUGAGAAGAAGCUCCGAGGUUGUCGAAGCGGAAAGAUCAGAUUCUCCGAGGCAGAUCCGGUCGAGCAACAUCCUCCUCAUAGCGACGAAGUUGAGGGAGGAGCAGGAGGCAAACGCGGAGAGGGAGGAACAGGUGCACGAGCAGGAGCAGGAGCAAGAGCAAGAGAAGGAGCAAGAGAAGGAGCAAGAGAAGGAGCAGGGGCAGGAGCAGGAGAGGAGCAGCACCGAGCAGAGCAUGAAAGAUCGCAACCAUCAUCGUCUUGCGCGACCUCGAUCUGCGCUGGUCACUGCGGUUGACGCAGACAGGUUGUUGAGAAGAAGUUCGGACUUGUUCGACAAGCAUGCGAAAGCAACCAGCAAGAAGAUGAUGUGA